AUGCAAAUUAUCAUUGUUUUGCUGUGUGAUGCUGGUAGUGGUGUUGAUGAACAGCAAUCUCGACUGUUAAUUUCGAGACUGCUAUUAGCUUGGGAAGUUUUGGAGAGCAAAAAAGAUAUGAUUGCAAGAUCCGAGCUAAUAUCAAUUUGGAGUUCAACUGAGUUAAUGGGUGAGUACAGAUACGACCGUUGUAAGAACAAAUACGCAGUUGACAUGGGCGACAGCAACAGUGACCGUAUGGAAUUGAGACAUUUUGUGCAACAACUGACAUUUUUCGAAGCAGCAGUUGCACACGGAUAA